UCUCCCGCAGCGGCCCCUUUAAAAAGUAGAACCAAGGCCUCCUUAGGCCCGACUCGGAUGCGUCUCCAUAGUAACGGCCGCUCGGGCUCAACGCGCCUGCUCCGUCCCCCGUCUCGCGCGCUCAGCCUGCCGGGAGCGGUAGUUUCGAGUCCCUCCACCACCACCCGCGGGAGCCUCUCGUGCGUCUUUCGGGAGAACUGGGGCGCUGCCCUUUUCCCUUUCGCUCGGCGCCAGCGGUUUUUGCGACCGGGCUGCCGUAAAGCGCGUCCCGCCGUCCUCCCUUCCCCCCCGCGUUUCCCCAAUCCGCGCCGUUUCCUUUCCGGCGAGGCGGGCAGACGAGAAGGAAGGGCCGGAGAGGCCUUGCGUGGAAGCGCGCGAGGAGGGACGACGCGGGAGGACCCCCCGCCCCCACCCGCCCCAGCCCCCCUCUCGCUCCGCCCGGCUUCGCGGGGAGCGGCGCCCCGUCGCCCCAGGAUGUUCAAGAAAUUUGAUGAAAAGGAGAACGUAUCAAACUGUAUCCAGUUGAAAACGUCGGUUAUUAAAGGCAUUAAAAACCAACUGAUAGAUCAGUUCCCGGGUAUUGAACCAUGGCUAAAUCAAAUUAUGCCAAAGAAAGAUCCUGUUAAGAUAGUACGAUGUCAUGAACAUAUAGAAAUUCUCACAGUAAAUGGUGAACUGCUGUUCUUCAGACAAAGGGAGGGGCCUUUUUAUCCCACACUGAGGUUACUACAUAAAUGUAAGUAUUUUGGCGGAAAAAGGGUUAUUGGACUGGAGAGAAAUCAAGAUUGGCAACUUUUGAGACAUAAGCAUACUUGUUUUAAAUUUGUUUGCUGAAAUUAACAGGCGUUGAGUAGAAAAAUAGAACUGGACAGCUUGUGUAAUACAGAACGUGC